AUGGACAUUAAGGCUAUUGAUCUUUGGACUGCAAUUCAGAAAAAGGACGGUUGGCCAACUGCUUGCUUCGCGGAUGGAAUUUAUUUAUCAGUUGAGGGGAGCAAGAUAGUGGUGGAGAUAAUGAAGGUUCUUAGAGACGCAGACCGAGAACCAAGCCUGCACUGGAAGUCAUUGCCAACUGAAUUUGAACAGACACCCUUUGUUUUCACCUCUCCCUGUAUUCAAAACCCCGAUGGAGUAAACCGCAACCGGCAUAAGAGCCUUGAGCAUUUGGAUGAAGGAGACAGAGAGUUAGAUGUAGGUGGAGUUAGAGAACCAGAGGGAAAGGGAGUACAGAGCUCCAAUGGGUACCACAGAUUUAAGGAACUGGGUUUUUAG